AAAGAAAAAUGGAUCUGAAAAUAAAACCGAAAGAAAAUUCUUUGGUCCUUUUUUCCCCUAAACAACGAUAGUAUGAAUGCAUGAGUAGAAGUGUAGAACUAGAAAAUUUUCCUUGGUGAUAACAAUUUUAUGCAUUCUCUUCUGCUUUUCACUUGUUGGUUUAUGAGAUAUGGCACCUGCAGGUAUAUUGAGCAAGUUGUGGAGCUUUAUUUCUUUCCUUCCAUUCUUCUUCUUGCUCUUUAUCCUUGGCAUCAUAAAAGGUGCACUGAUAGGUCCAAUUGCAUUUUCCAUUAUUGUCAUUGGAAAUUCUGCUGUUAUCAUUGGACUUUGGAGUGCACAUUUUGUUUGGACAUACUACUGUGUGGCAAGGUUGUAUUUUCUUUCCAAAUUGCAACAUUUAUGUUCUUCUAUUGAUCUUUCUCUUCAAUUUCUUUUCACCCUUUUGAAAACUUUGGCCUUUGACAAUAGAACAAAUAGGUUCGGACUGGUUUUCAAGCUUGUGGUGCUCAUGUGUUUGCCAAUUCCUCUGUUACUUUGGCCAAUAGUGGGUAUUGUUGGAAGCCUUUUAGGUGGAAUUGGAUAUGGGUUUUUUGCUCCUCUUCUUGCAACUUUUCAGGCUGUAGGGAAGGGAGAGAAUGUUAACCAGAAAUUUCACCACUGCUUCAUUGAUGGUUGUCGGUCAACAAUUGAAAGAAGCUACACAGUGGUUCAAGAUGUCACAGACUUCUGCUUUCACUCCUAUUUUUCAUACAUGGAUGAACUAAGAGAAAACUUACCCCAUCAUGAAAAGCCGUUAGAUAUCCAACUGUCAUUAUUGCCAUGUUGCUUGUUGGUGAUCAUGGUUGGCGUGCCAUUGGAUAUGGCUUUAAUCACAUGUAUUGCUAUAUGGAAGAGUCCAUACAUGCUGUUCAUAGGGUGGAAAAGGCUAUUAGAAGAUUUGAUUGGAAGAAAGGGACCAUUCUUAGAAACUGAAUGUGUCCCAUUUGCUGGCCUUGCCAUCAUUCUCUGGCCUUUGGCUGUUGUAGUGGCUGUAUUAGCAGCAACCAUUUUCAGCCUUUUUCUUGCCCUAUAUAGUGGAGUAGUUGUCCAUCAGGAAGACUCAGUGAAGAUGGGGUUUGCCUACAUUGUGUCUGUGGUUUCACUUUUUGAUGAAUAUGUAAAUGAUUUACUCUACUUGAGAGAGGGAUCCUGCUUUCCCAGGCCGAUAUACCGUAGAAACAAGAGUCAUACUAUUGAGAGGAAAAACCUUGGAGGAGGUGAUAAUGAUUUGAGAAAUUGGAGGGAUGGUUCACAAAAUUCGAAACAUGCCAUACAACAAUCCAGAAGUCUGAAAUGGAGAAUUCAGCAAUAUAGACCUGUGCAGGUAUGGGACUGGCUGUUCAAGUCAUGUGAGGUGAAUGGCAGGAUACUCCUCCGCGAUGGUCUUGUAAGUGUUGGGGAAGUUGAGGAAUGCAUUUUGAAAGGCAAUUGCAAAAAGUUAAGCAUCAAAUUACCGGCUUGGUCUUUGCUGCAAUGUCUUCUAACUUCUGCAAAAUCCAAUUCAGAUGGAUUGGUGAUCUCCGAUGACGUAGUGUUGACGAGGAUGAAUGGACCAAAGGAUGGAGUGUUUGAGUGGUUUAUUGGACCUCUACUGAUUAUAAAAGAGCAGCUAAAGAACCUUGAGUUGGAGGAAACUGAAGAGACUUGCCUGAAAGAACUAGUCAUGAAAUGCAAAAAUGAAUUGCCAGAGGAGUGGGAUAGCACUGGAUUCCCAUCUGAUGAUACUGUCAGGAGAGCGCAAUUGCAAGCCAUAAUUAGAAGGCUGCAGGGGAUUGUUGCUUCCAUGUCCCGAAUGCCAACUUUUCGAAGAAGAUUCAGGAAUUUAAUCAAGGUUUUGUACAUAGAAGCAUUGCAGGCUGGUGCUUCAGCUAGCCAUAUUGGAGGCACUCUAAUUCCCAAGCACAGGGAGAAGGGCUCAAUUCAAAGCAAAGACAAUGUUGAUGAACUUGAUGAACCCAGCAAUGAAUGUUGAACACAUCACAUAUAUAUGAAGAUGGAUAUAUAAGUAUGUCACACUUGAAGGCCAAAGCUUCUUGUAAAUUGAGAAGGAUUCAUAAUCUUUCUUCUUUUUUGUUAAUUUACUUUCCUUUUUAAGCCGUUUAUCUAUAUUCUCUUCAUAAAGAAAGAAGUGCACAAAUCAUCGAAAGGCAAAGCUACAUGCCAUUCCUUGUUUAAUAUAUAUACAUGUAUGCACAAGAAAUAAAUUAAAAAAAAUCAACAAAAUAUCUGCUACUGUUCUUGAUA